AUGAACGAGAACGAGACAGAACCUGAGACCAACAAAGAUGAACGAUAUGCGGAAGAAGAGCAGGAUUUUCCAGGCCUGGGCGUAGCAGAGGAAGACUCGUCAGCAGCAACGGAAGUAGACACGGUAAGGCCGACAAGAAGCAUCAAGGGUCUGGUGAAGCCAAAUCAAGAUGCAAUCUGUGCAUCCUCGCCAUCUGUUCCCGAGGAGAACAAACAUCCCGAGCCCGUCAAGGUGGAGCAGAAGCAGCGGAAAAUUCGCGGGCUGGUGAAGCCCGACGGUGGAGAGACACCUCCGUUCAUCAAGGGAGUAGUAGGCAGCGGGAAGCAGAAGCACGAGAAAGGGAGGAAGCAUGGGACGAGCAACGAAGUUGAUGCUGUGGACGGUAUCAACAACGAGCACAAGGAUCAUGCACAGGCGACGGAUGCACCCGAUGGCAGCCAUUCGAAUGGAGCUGGAGAGAAGAAAGAGCCCAUGACGGAGACAGAGAAGAAAAGCUCGGAGUGCGAGGAGGGUGAAGAAGGGGGCGAGGAGAGGAAGAGGACGACAAGCGAGAGAGGGAGUGUGGCCUCGAGCAGCGGCAGCAGGAACGAGACGAGGAGCGGAGCGAACGCACAGGCGGAAGAGGAGCCGAAUGAUUCCGUCAUGAUCGCGCGGAUGCAGAGAGAGCAGAAGGAGAGGGAGGAGAAGUGCACUUUUUCUCCUGCCCUCAACCCCAAGUCGUUGCAGAUGGCAGAGGGCAGGGAGCGUAAACCACUCUACUUCAUUGACAAGCCCAAGGGCGAAGAAAAUCAGGAGAAUAUUAACCAUUCCCCUGGAAUCAAGGAAGCUGCAAGAAAACAUCAGGAGGAGUUGAGAAAGCUUGAGGCUGAGAUGGAAGAGAAGAACGCCAAAAUGAUUCAGAGCUUUUCGAUCAACCGGAGGAGCGAGGAGCUGUCAAACAGGCGCGUAGCCGAGGGAGAUGUCUUCACCAGGCUAUCUGCUGUGGAUGUGGAGAAGAAGAAAAAGAAGCUGCAGGAGAUGAAGAGCGGUCAGGAGUCGCUGCUCUCCUCUUCUCCGGGGGUGAGUGUGCUGCCCAAGAGCAAGGAGCUCGCGAUGAGACGGUCCGAGCAAGGUGACGUCAUCACCCGCCUGUCAAAGGUGGACUUGGAUGUCAAGUGGAGCAAAAUCCACCAGCUGAAGGAGCAGCUGAGCUUGGAAGAGGCGACCUCUCUUGUCCUCUUCUUCAUCGCUGCGACCAGAGGUAACCAUCGGCGACAGGUCAAUUCGGCAAGGGGAAGGGGAGGAGCGGACAGGAAGAGCUCGCGACCGAAGUCGGCUGGAGGAGAGGGAGAGAACUUCUUCGAGAGGUCAAUGAAGUACCUGGAGAAGAAGAAAGCGGCGCUGGAGGUCCCCCAGUCCUUGAAGAGGCAGAGAAGGCUGAAAGCUGUCUGUCAGGAAAAACGACUGCAGAAGGAGGAGGAGGAAUCAAAAAUCCUCUCAGCUCGGCCCAAGAUGAACGAUACUUCGCGAGAGCUGGCGUCCAGUAGGAGCAGUGUGCUGUCUCAAACAGGAAGACGAUCGACGGAUGCACAGCCGGAGCAAGGGAAGGGGGGCAAGGCAUCGCCAUCCGCAGCGAAGGGGAAGGAAGUAAAGAGGGAAGUGGAAGGGGGAGGGGAGAAGCGAGAGGAGAGAAAGGAAGCAAGAAAAGAGGGAGGGAACGCUUUGAGCGAGGAGAAGGACGUUCAACUCAAGAAGGAGUUGCAUCAGCUGCGCACGAAGAUAGAAAGCCUGGAGAAGGAAAAUCAAGCGUUGAAGGCUGAAGCAAGCAAGAAGGGGGAGCAGAUCCUGAAGCUUGAGCAAGACUUGCAGCAGCACCGGAAGGAGAAGGUGGAAGCGGAGGCCAAAAGAAAGAAGGAUGAGGGCGAAGUCAAAGAGGGGAGAGAGGCGGAUGAGGGAGAAAGGAAGGAGAAAGAGGAGGAGCAGGAGGGGUCGCAGGAACAUCUGGAUGCGGAUCGGGUCAAGUUGCAUGCCAAGGAAUGUCUGCGCGUUGCAAUGAGGCUACUUUCCUCCGAAUUCGAUCACGACGACUCCUUUCUCUUUGCCAAUGCUGCGCUCUCCUCAUUGUACACACCUUUUAUACUUUAUCCUUUGACCCAUGCCUCCGCCUCCUCCUUUCGCACAUUCAUCGCUUCCCCGCUUUGCUCGCUUCCUCUCUCUGGCUUUGACGUGAAAUUUCCCCAGGCAGUUUGA